GUCCCUUUAACCCGCUUCACUCCCCAGAACUCGUCCGGGCUGGAGUUCCGAGGCUCCAGCUGAAGUUUUCCAGCGCUGCGCUCCUGCUGCUGGGUGUAGCUGGAAGAAAAGUGUCAACAGGUUCCUUGUUCGAGCUCAAAGUACAGCGAGGUCGCCUCGCGGUGACGAGCCGAGGGCACGGCGUUUGUCUUGAGAGGGAGGCGGCGGCGUUACCGUGGUAACAGACAUGCCAAAACCGGACCUGCUCUGCCUGGUUCAGCUGCUGGACGGCACCAUCGAGACCUUCAGAGUCAGCAAGCAGGAUGAAGGCGUGGUUCUGCUGGACCUCGUGUGCGACCACCUGGGCCUGCAGGAGAGGCAGCUCUUCAGUCUGCAGAUCAGAGAAUCCAGCACCGCCAUCGCCUCCAUCGCGGCCAACACACACUCUCCUAGAUGGUUGGAGCCCGAGAAGCCUUUGAAGAAGCAGAUUAAAGGUCUCGCUUCCCCUUUUUACCUGAACUUCAGAGUGCGAUUCUUCAUCUCUGAUCCCAACUCUCUGCAGCAUGAGCAGACGAGGCACCUUUACUUCCUCCAGAUCCGGACGGACGUCAGAGAAGGACGGUUGCAGUGCCCGCUGAGUGCAGCUGUGGUUCUGGCCUCGUACGCCGUUCAGUCAGAGAUAGGGGAUCACAGUCCGUCCAGACUCCCCGGAUACCUCUCCAAAAGCCACUUCAUCCCCGAACAGGACGAAGACUUCCUGUCUAAAGUGGAGGAUCUGCAUCCACAGCACAAAGGACUGAAGCAGAGCGAGGCGGAGUUGUGUUUCCUGAACACGGCUCGAACGCUGGAUCUGUACGGAGUCGAGCUGCACGCUGCCAUGGACACCAACAGCGCUCCUCUCGUGGUGGGUUUGGCCUCCAGUGGCGUCGCGAUAUUCUGCAACAUGAUUUGCUCCAGUUUCUUCCCCUGGGGGAACAUCAUCAAGAUUUCAUUCAAGAGGAAACGCUUCCUGAUACACCUCAAACGUAAACAUGGGGAGACCCAGGACUGUGAGGUGUCUCUGCUGCUUCACUGCCCUAAAACCUGUAAGAACCUGUGGAGGUCCUGCGUGGAUCAUCACUCCUUCUUCUCCUCCAACCGAACCACCAGGAGCCCAAAGUACAACAACAGCACCGUCCAGUCCUACAGGAAGCUCAUCACUCAGCACCUGGGCCUCGGCAACACCAAAACCGAGAGCGGUCCGGUGUGCCAGCGUGUGGUCGGAGGGAUGGUGUGGAACCCGGUGCUGAGGAGGUCGCUUUCAUCAGAACAUCUGGAGACCAAGAGUUUGCCCUCAAGAUCUCCUCCAACCACCCCCAACUGGCGAAGCCCUCGGGUCCGUCACGGCAUCCGUAAGCCUCGGCCGUCCUCGGUGGAGCUGACCAACGAGCUGAAGGACAUGUCAGAGGGCGAGGACGUCUUCUACACCUACAGAGCCUCGGUGACCAGCAGCAAAGACGGAGACGAAGACGUCUCGCCUCACCGCCUCUCUGGAACCCGGGGAGCAGAUGAGGAUUCGCUGCCGGCUGACGACAGCAUCGGAGACGAGGACGGCUCCCAUCACUACGAUAAGGGAGCUCUGGGCGACGGGGACCUGAUGCUCAUUUGUAUCGCCCCCGACCACGAGGGAAAGUUUGGCUUCAAUGUCAAAGGCGGGGUGGACCAGAGGAUGCCUCUGGCCAUAUCCCACGUCAAACCCGACUCUCCGGCUGGUCGAUGUGAACCCAAACUCCUGGAGGGCGACCUGGUGGUGCUCAUCAACGGUCGAGACAUUUCUGAACACACUCACGAUCAGGUGGUGAUGUUCAUACGAGCCAGCAGGGAGUCUCACUCCCGCGAGCUGGCGCUGCUCAUCAGACGCAAAGGUCCCGGCCGGGCGGCGCCCCUGCUGCAGCUGCCUCCCGCCCUUACGCUCAACGUCCAAUCACAGGAGGAGAAGCCGCGGUCACCUGGCCAGGCGGAGCGGGUCGCGACUCUGGAGGAAUCGAUGAGACAGCUGGAGAGAGGCAUCCAGUCUGGCACGCUGUGUUUCCACUUUGAGAAUUUAUACAGGAGGAAGCCCGGCAUGACGCUCAGCUGCGCUCGGCUGCCUGAGAACAUGGACAAGAAUCGAUAUAAGGAUGUUCUGCCUUACGACGCCACCAGGGUGGUGCUGCAGGGUCAGGAGGACUACAUCAACGCCAGCCACGUCACGGUGGCGCCCCCUGUGUCUGGUGUGUGUUUGCGUUACGUUGCCGCUCAGGGCCCGCUGCCUCAGACCUGCACUCACUUUUGGCAAACGGUUUGGGAGCAGCAGACUCACACCAUCAUCAUGCUCACGACGCUAACAGAGCGGGGACGGACCAAGUGCCACCAGUACUGGCCGCAUCCGCCAGAAGUGAAGGACUACGGGCCCAUGAGGGUGAAGUGUCACUCGGAGGAGUGUAACCUGGCGUACGUGACGCGACAGUUCACCCUGACGCACACACAGCUGGGCGAGGAACGAGCCGUCACACACCUGCAGUACGUCGCCUGGCCGGACCACGGCGUCCCCGACGACCCUUCGGACUUCCUGCUGUUCGUCGGCUCGGUGAGGGAGCGGCGGCGGGGCGACGAACCGCUGAUGGUUCACUGCAGCGCCGGGAUCGGACGGACAGGUGUUCUGAUCACCAUGGAGACGGCGCUGACUCUGCUGGACGAGGGUCGGCCGGUGUUCCCGCUGGACAUCGUCAAAACAGUGAGGGAUCAGCGAGCCAUGAUGGUCCAGACCACGUGUCAGUUCCAGUUUGUGUGCGAGGCCAUCCUGAGAGUCUACAGAGAGAAAAAGGAGCGAUCUCCGGCAAAGUAGCGAAAAUCAGCCGGAGCAGGAGCAGAGCUGACACUUUGCUGCCUCCACUCGCGGCAGUCGACUUCCACUGACAGACUCCACGGAGCUGCAGCAGAUUAAACUCCGUCCCGCUGAAGGGACCGGAGCACAGACUCGAUGAUGAGAGUGUAACUAGCUUCAGAGCACAGCUGUCUGUGAUCUGUGUAGCUGUGUGAUAAUACCAAUCGUACACCUAGACGGCCUUUGUUUUUGCUGAAAGUGCAAAGCUUCUAGAGACGGCGGUCUCCAUAGAGACUGCUGUGAGACUGACGUGAGCUGCUAAUUUCUGUUCCAGAGGCCACUCAGGAAUGAUGCCUCGACUUAUUAAGCUAUCCGUGCCUCAGACUUCCCCCGUCGGCGGAUCGAUCGGGGCGACAGGAGCUGACCGGGAUCGCUGUAAUCUGAAGUUUAUCUGCAGGACGAGGACGGAGGCCGGCUUUAGAUCACUACAGCAGAUACUGUAAGGUCUUGUUGUCUGCCAGAGGAGCACCAGAUUCACUGUUUAUCACACUUAAAUUAUUAGGACACGAAAUAAAUACACUGAUUUAUA